CAAAGGCCACGGCCAGCGGAGUGGCGUUCGUUAACGAUUAGCCGGUGUCUGCGCUCCUCAGGAGAGGCUGACUCGUGCGCCCGCCUGUGUUUCUGCCCAGCCCUGUAGUGUGCGAAGAAAAGCGGGAAGGGCUGGUGCCUCGCUGUUUUUUGAUUAGCUGGACGGUGCACUGGAACGGGGAGUUAAGGGAGGUGUCCCGGAAAGAAGAGAAAGCGGCUGCUGCGGCUGUUCCUGAAUUGGGAAAGAGCUAGUGGAAGGCAUCUGAAUUUGAGUUUAGCCCCGCCGCUCACCUCUAGGCUACCCACCUUCCCGCAAGGUCAUGGCUAAGGCGAGCGCCCUGCAAAGCCUCCAAGUGGAGGCGAGCUGCUCCAUCUGCUUGGAUUAUCUGAACGACCCGGUGACCAUCGACUGCGGCCACAACUUCUGCCGCACCUGCAUCCUCCGCAGCUGGGAGGAGCUGGAGGAGCGCUUUCCCUGUCCCGUGUGCCGCCGCCAAUUCCCCCUGCGCAUCUUCCGCACCAACCGGCAGCUCGGCAACGUGGCGGAGAUCGCGCGGAAGCUGAGUCCCAAGCGCAGUAAGCGGAUACGGCACGAAGAGGCGGUGUGCGAGAAGCACCAACAGACGCUGAGCCUCUUCUGCGAGAAGGAGCGCGAGGUAGUGUGCCUGGUGUGUUGCAUUUCUUGCGAGCACCGCGAUCACCGCGUGAGCUCGGUAGACCAGGCGGCUGCGUGCCACAAGAACAAGCUGCGCGCCUACCUGGGGCCCCUGAAGCGGCAGGUGGAGGACUUGCGCCAUUUCAUGGCUUGCGAGCAGAGGAAGCCCAGCGAGCUUCGAGAGAAGGUUGAGAACCGACGGCAGAAGCUCCACUCGGAGUUUGAGAAGCUGCACCAGUUUCUGGACGAGGAGCACCAGGCGGUGCUGCGGCGACUGGAGGACGAGGAGAAGGAGAUCCAGCAGAAGCUGAGCGAGAACGUGGCCAUGCUCUCGGACCACGGCGUCACCCUGCAGAAGCUCAUCGGCGAGAUCCAGGAGAGAUGCCAGCGGCCGGCGGUGGAGGCCCUUAGGGGAAUCAAGCACAUCAUCAGCAAAUGUGAGACCGCCAAGAUCCCGGCCGCCGUCUCCCUGGAGCUGAAGAAGGACACCUGCAGUUUCCCUUUGCAGCAUUUUGCGCUCAAGAAGAUGAUCAAGAAGUUCAAAGUGGAUAUAACGCUAGACCCCGCGACGGCGCACCCCAACCUGGUACUCUCGGAGGACCGGAAAAGCGUGAGGUUUGUGGAGACAAAGCAAGAUCUACCGGACAUCCCGGAGAGAUUUACCUUUUACCCUUUCGUCCUGGGUUCGGAGGGGUUUUCUUCGGGCAGGCACUAUUGGGAGGUAGAGGUCGGAGAUAAGACUCAGUGGGCUCUGGGGGCUUGCAAAGACUCCGUUCCCAGGAAUGGGAACAUUCAAGUAUCACCUGAGGAUGGCUACUGGAGACUGAGGUGGAAUAAGGAUGAAUACACCGCCUUGACAACAACCCCGAUCUCCCUACUCCAAAAAGCAAAACCCAAGCGAAUUGGGAUUUUUCUGGACUAUGACUUGGGGGAGCUCUCCUUUUACAAUCUGAACGAUAGGUCUCACAUUUUUACCUUCUCUGAGACUUUUAAAGAAAAAAUUAGGCCAUUUUUCUACCCUGGGAUCCAUUCAUCCCCUCUUAUCAUACGGCCAGUAACAGACUGGGAAUGAUGAGCUGAACCUGGAAAACUUUAACGAAUUUUGCUUUUCAUUUUCUUUUUCUCCAUUCAGUUUCUAGGGUAGGAUAAUGCCAACAUUUCGGGAUUCUUUUCAUAGUUUUACCAUGAACUAAGUCAUUUCUCCGCCCCUCCAUUUCAGUAGUCAUCAUCUAUCUGCUUACCUACCUGGAUGCUAUAUAAAAGAGGAUAUGGGAGGAGAUAGACUUUAAUAGAAAACACCUAAAUUCUUUCUUCAGGAGAUAGGAAAAAUAUCCUUAUUUUACAGUUUUAGAAACUUGAGAACCAAGAUGUUGUGACUUGCUCUUACCACACCACUAAUAAACAUCAGAACUGGGUUUUUUUUUUAACUGGCAUUUCAGGACACUGCCUUACCAUGCAGUAAUAAUUGUCAUGGGUCUGAAAAAAGUGUUGAGCUGUUUAUUUGUCUUGUGCUCUUUAUUUUAUGGGUUGGAACACCCCUUCCUCCCUCUACAUUUCCCUGCAAAAUUCUGAACUCUUGAGAAUAUGUAACCUGUCACAAGAUUUUAUACACAGUAUUAAUGUUUUGUCACUAAAAAUUAGUAAUAGUGGUUCUUCCCCCUGCCCCUCCCCCUUCCCUUGAUCGUCCCAGAGAGAAAAUUACAAAAUUUUGUGGUUCCAGAGCUGAGUGUCUUUCUAUGGGAAUUUUAGUCUUGGAACCUUCCCUUAGGGCUCCCUCCCACUCCCUGCAACAUACACACAACCUUUAAACCUGGCUGUAGAAACUGAAGUUUAAUCCACUUAUCACUGCUGUUUUUGUAAUGUAUAUGAUUAUAACAUAAAGUUUUACUUUGCAUUUCUUCAAUU